GUGUUUCUGCAGACUGAUGCACGGAUAGAAACACUGUCUUUAUUCUGACUCUAGUUCGACCCAUCAGCCUGAGCUGCCAACACCUGGCCUCCCACAAGAGUGAUGAACACUCAUGAGGGAAGUGAUGAAAACCUUAACCAUUACAUCAUUCAGCUCAGUAUUCACAACUCCUGCCAAGACGCUUUCCUAAAAUCUGCAGCCAGCUUAGCUUCAUCGACUGAUGAAAAUCUCAGAGUCCUGGCAGCCAUUGAACAAGGUGAGGUGUCUGUGCUCAGAGCCAUGCUGAAGCACACCUUCGCCUUCAGGGAGUCAGAUAGCCAUGGUUGGCUUCCUCUUCAUCGGGCAGCGUCCCAACCGGUCCUGGAGGUUCUGGAGACAAUCCUGGGAGCUCCGGGGCUCAGUCUGGAGGACAGGACGGGUGUUGGAGGAGAGACGCCGCUCACUCUGGCCAUAAAGGCUGGGCUUAAACAAAAUGUGAGGAGCCUGCUGGAGCACGGGGCCUCGCCUCACAACACAAACAAGAAGAAUGAGUCACCGCUGCUGCUGGCAGUCCGAGCUAACUCCUAUGAGAUGACACACACUCUGGUGUCUCAUGGAGCCUGGGUAGAGCAGCUCUGUCAGAAGAGGUGGACGGCGAUGCAUGAGGUGGCCAAGGUGGGCAAUGUGGACAUCCUGAUGCUGCUGCUGAGAGCCGGGGGGCGGGUCAACCAGAAGGAUGUGAUGGGCGUGACGCCUCUGGCUGUGGCUGCAGAGCACGGACAUCUGCACACCACUGAGAUUCUGCUGAACUGUGGCAGCAAAGUCAACUCCCAGGCUUGUAAUGGAGAAAGUGUCCUGAUGGACGCAGCCGGAGCAGGGAAUACGGCUUGCAUCCAGCUGCUGUUGGACAAUGGAGGCGACCUAAACCUGCCCAGUAGCACCGGACAUCUCCCCAUUCACAAGGCUGCAUACGCUGGCCACUACAGUGCUCUGGAAAUGUUGAUCCCACUGACCAGUAAGAAGGCCAUUAAAGAAGCGGGUCAGAGUCCGGUCCACUCAGCCGUGGAGGGCCGUCAGAGUCUCUGCCUGCAGCUCCUGUUGGCCCGAGGCUUCGACGUCAACUACCGCAUGAACGCGAGGAACUCUGAGAACUACAGAGACCUGAGGAGAAGUGCCUUGUACUUCGCCGUCUCAAACGGGGAUGUGGAGUGCGCCAAAAUCCUGCUGGCAGCUGGGGCCAAGACCAACCUGGACCCCCUGCACUGCCUGCUGGUGGCGGUCCGGUCUGGUUCUCAUGAGCUGGUGCGGCUGCUGCUGGCAGCCAGGGCAGACGUGAACUGUUACUUCACGGUGGUGAGUGACACGGUGUUUCCCACCGCCCUGCAGUACUGCCUGAAAGACGAGGUGAUGAUGCGGCUGCUGCUCAACAGCGGCUACAAGGUGGAGAGGUGUUUCCACUGUUACCAUGACAACACGUCGGACGUUGAGGAAGCAGAGGGGAAGAUUCCAUUCUGUGACUUCAUGAGUCUCUGCUGCCUCCAGCACCUGUCAGGGAGCGUGGUCCGGAUUUUACUAGAUUAUGUCAGCCACGCCCACAUCUGCUCCAAACUUCGCCUGAUCCUGGAAAAGCAGAGGCAGUGGCCCGAGAUUUGUGAAAUCCUCUGCAGCCCUCGCUCCCUCAGGCACCUCUGUCGACUGGAGAUCAGGAGACGUUUGACGAUGAGGAGACUGAACAACCCUGAGAUCAUGAGAUCAGAUCUUUUCCCUCCAAGACUAAAGAGGUUCAUCCUGUAUGAGGAGCUGGACCUGUACAAGCAGAACUCAGACCGGCUCAUGUGAACAUUUACCUGUGUCCUGUCAGGGUUGUAUAAAUAUUACUGUCCUCUACACAUACCUGUUUUCUAUUAUUUGGAUUAAUACUUCAACUUUUUUUUACCAAGCUAAAUGGGUCAUGUUUUGUGUUUGAAUAAAGAAAUU